GGAAGGGGCGGAGCCAUCAACAGGGUGGGCGGUGCUGGGGGGGCGGGGUUGGGAAGGCUGCCCGGGACGCAACCCUCUCAGGGGCGGGGCGGUUUCCUGCCAAUCACUGUUUGCUUACCCUCCCCCUGGUGUUGGCCCCGUUGCCUCGGGGUGGGGGAGGUCGUGAAGGGGGCGAUAAAAUGGCGCAGGGGGCGGAGUGAGGUGCAGCCGUUCGCCCUGGCUUUGGCCCGGCUUCCGGAGCACUUGAAAGGCAGCUCAGGAGUUGAAGGCAUAGUGAUUUGGAUGCCAGCCUGAACUACAUGAGACUCUACCUCAAAAAGGAAGCACUUGUCUAGCAUGAGCAAAGCCCUCCGCUGGAUCCUCAGUAUCACAUAAAGAAGGUGGGAGUCAAUCACUUUGACAAGUCUCCUGAAAGGAACAGCCAGCAGGAGUUGACACCUUUUUCCAUUUGGUCUCGUGGCAAAGGCUGAGAUUGCUGCAGCAGCUCUACACAAUAUGACGUGCUCACUAUUGCCCUCUGAACAGUCUUCUGCUUCCUCUUUUUUGCCUAAAAACAAUGCCUCAUUUUCUUGGGGUUCCCUGGAUGAAGAUGAAUUGGAUGACUCCUUGUUGGAGUUUUCUGAUGGAGAAGAAGAUGAUGGCCAUUUCAGUUUCACAGAGGAAGAGAUUGAGACGCUUCUGAAGGAUGAUGAUGGUGGGCAUGAGUAUGGAGAGAGAAAGGUUCGAAUUCUACCUGAUACUUCUCAAGAAAAUUCUUUGUACAGCUUGGGACCAGCAUCUGAGACCCCUGGGUUCUUCAAACUACCUCAACUAAAUACAUCAGUUGGUCAUGGACCAGCUCCUAGUAAAUCAUUAAACAGACACUUUGUACUGGAAAAGAACCUUAUCAAAGUAACUGUUGUUGCACCAUUUAAUCCAAUAGUUUGUGAUCCUGUGCUUGAUAAAGACAAGAUCGAUUCCUCCAAAGAAACGGAAAAACCUGCCUCCCUUGGGGAACAGACAAGAGAAGAUGACAUUCAUCCUAAUGAGAGUAAACCUAGCACUGAACCUGAAGAAGUCAGUCCCAAUAACUCUGCUUGCGAUGGGCCCCUACUUUCUUCUCCUUCAAACAGUAACAUCGAACAAACUGCCUCUGAUAAAAAUAUACCUGAAACUAAGAAACCAACCCCUGUGUUCUCUCAGAUCUCCAACCAUUCAGAGGUACCUAACAGGGGAUCAUCCUGGAAAAAUAGUGGAUCACAUAAAUCAGGUUGUGAAAUGAGAAUUCCAGUCGUGUCUAGUUCAUCAAACAGACAUGCUUUUGACAAGGAUUCUGGGGAGGUGAAAGGUGAGAGAAGACUAGGCAAAGUCAUUCCUGUUCUACAAACCAGAACCAGGAUGUUUUCACAAUCAGAUCUAGAGAAACAGAAGGACAUUUAUCUCAGCAAAGUCAUUGCUCAUAUAGAAGACCCAGGGGACUCUAACCAAGGUACCUUAGGAGAGCUAGAUGCCCUCAUGGAUAAAGUUUACACGCAGAACCCAGACUGGCAGCAUCCUUCAGAUCUUACUACACGAAAUUAUGCCCGGUUUCGACAGAGACCUCUUCAAAGAUACAGCCUGAGUCAGUGGGUUGACAGGAAUAAGCGGAGCCACCAUCGCUUCCAGCGCCUCCCCGACUUCUCGUACAGUCCAUGUGUUUCAUCCCAUCAACAGUGACAGUCGCUGUCCAGGGUCCAGCUCAGAGCAGCAUCUUAUUUUUUUCUUUCUUUCUUUCUUUUUUUUUUUUUUUUUAUAUUUUGAGUUUUAUUUUUCACAAGAUUUUUUAUUUAAAGAAUUUGUCACCUUUUGAAAAUGCCCAUUACUGUCUUGAAUUUUUUUUUUUUUAAUGAGGACCCUCCUGAUUUGUUUGUCUGUCUAUAUACAUUUCAGCAAUGUGAAGUGGUGUUUUUCUGCUUGUUGUUGCUGCUGUUUUUAAAUUUAAAAUGAAGGUAACUCCCUUCUAAAGGCCUGUAUGAAGUCAGAGGUCCAGGCUUAAGUGAAAUUCCAAGUGUAGGCACAGGCAGAGUAUACUUUACUACCCAAAAGAAUUACCUUUCCGUCCACUGUAAGGAAGAGGUGGUUUUGUAGGCUAAGAGCCAGUGACGUUACUGGUGCCUAGUGAAUGGAUGGAAGUCGCUGUUAACAACUCCACUUUUAAAAUUUGAGUCUCUUGAGUACUUGUCAGUAUUUUAAGGUUGUCAAUUGAGGACAUUUUAAAUAGGAUGGAGUAGGAGAAAAGUACUGUUGAAAGGAUAGGUUAAAAAUGUAAAGCCUCUCCUUUCUGUACCUAUUAGCUGCCGUUAUUUUUUUAAAUUAUUAUUAUUGGCUUUUUUCAUUCUCUGUUAAAUAUAUCUUGUUCGUAGUGUUUGCAGGUCUUAGACAUCUUAACUCUGACAGAAGACAGCUGACUAACCCCUGUUGAAUACUCUGUUAUCUGUAACUGGUUGGUUUCUCUGCCCCUUUAAGAUUUUUUUUUUCUUUUUUUUCUACUCCCAGUGACCACUCUUUUCCUGGAGGUUUACAGGAAGUGUUUUUAUAUCCUGUUAAACUUAGACAUGCCUUUCAGAAUGCCCUCUUGUUUGCUGAAGAAUACCACCAGAAUCUUGACUUAAUAAGCCAGCACCAUUGAGGUGUCCUGGAGUCCUCAGUUUCUUCUGUAGAACCCCAAGUUUAUGUGUUGGUGUUGUUGAAGGAACCUCCUUCCUGUGGAAGACUUUGGAGAGUCACUCUUUUGCCUCUCUUGUUGGUUACAGGUACCCUUACACCCUGGUCAGAGUCCAUUGUUUCCCAUCAGUACUCAGAGUGUCUAGGGAAAUUGUGAUUGAGCCCCUAUGCCGCAGCAUCGCCUGCUCUUGAGUAAGGUUUGGUGUUCUAACCAAAGCUGAUAGUCUCUGUGUAUCUGUCUGCAUGGAUGUCUUGGAAGAUUGUUAUUUCUUCUGGCAGCUCUAGACAUCUUUUUGGAAGGUUUUACAGUAUGGCAUCCAUGCUCUGUCAUUCACUCUUGAAGGUUAUUCAUAGCUGUGUAGCCUCUGCUUUUCUUUCCUCAGUCCCAUUUUUGUAUGUGGAUAACCCAUCCUAAAUAUUCUAUUCCACUUUAGAAAAGUGACUUGUUUUGUUUUUUGAGACAGGGUUUCUCUGUGUAGCCCUGGUACUCUGUAGACCAGGCUGGCUUGGAACUCACAGAAAUUGGCCUGCCUCUGCCUCCUUAGUGCUGGGAUUAAAGGCAUGUACUACCACUGUUUGGCUAAAAAAUGACUUUGAUUAGGAAAAUCUUUUUUUUUUAACUUUUUUUUUUUUUAAACCUUCAGUAGAUUUGGAUAAAUGUUCCAAAGUCUGUGUUGGUUUUUCUUUUCUUUCUUUCUUUCUUUUUAUUUUUAUUUUUAUUUUUUUGCAGAGUUUCCUAUGUAUCCUAGGCUAGCCUUCAACAUAUUUUUUAGCUCAAGGUGGUCUUUCACUUCUGAUUUUCCUGCCUUACCUCUCAAGUACUGGAAUUGCAGGUGUGUGCCAUGCCCAGUAAAAAUUUUCUCUUUUUUUUUUUUUUCCCUCUAAGACAGGACUUCUUAGUGUAGUCCUCCUGGAACUGGCUCUGUAGAUCAGGCUGACCUCAAACUUAGAGAUCUGCCUUCCUCUGCCUUGAUUACUGGACUAAAGGUAUGUAACACCAUGCCGAGCUUUUGACUUUUUUCCCCCAGAGAGAAUUUUCUAUUGCUUGGUUGUUUGGUUUAGAUUCUGAAACCAGACUUGCAAAGCCAAUAGUUUAGAUUUCUCUCUUGGUUAGCAAAGUUUUCAUUGACCUCAUUGGUCACUUGUCCAAGUUGCUGUAAGUUAGCCUGAUAGAAUGAGAUAAUCCACCUUUGGGACCAAAACAAAGUUCAGAUUAAAUAUAGCUAGAGUAGUUAGCAUGGUGGCUAAAUAGUUCCUCACAGAUAACCCAGGGAAUGAAGGUACAACAUUUUGCUUAGGUGAAAAUCUGAGAUGUUCUUGCUCUCUGGUACCAGGAGGGUUUAAGACUGAAUGUAUAAUGGGAGCAUUGCCUUUGCCAAAUCAGAUGAGUGACAGGUUAACUAGAAAAUGUGACAAUCACAUUUCCUCUAGCUCAGAUAAUUCUGUUUUUCCAAAGUGUUAGCAGCCUAAUUAAAUCUGUUGGACUGGGGGAGGAGAGAGCUGUUCUCUAGUGGUUAACAUGGUAUUCUUUAAGGAGAAAAAAACAAAGCCAAAGAAAAACUCAUUAUCUGGCAUGUUAGCCUUAAAGAUGGUAAUGGGCAGAACCUGGAGUUUUAAUCUCUUCAGAGCUGCAUAUCUCUUAUAUUCGGUAUUGGCCUCUAAGUCUUGUAUUGCAGAUUAAAUUCUUGCUGUAUUUUUAAGUUUGAGUAAGAGUUAUGUGCAUUUAACUGUGUGCCUAGCUUUUAUCAUCCAUGAUGACAUUCUUGCCACAAGGGUCUUGACAAAGCAGAGUAAAAAUUUGCUAUUUGUAGUUUACUUAUAAGUAAGGAGCCUAAAAUAACCAAUAGUUUUGCAUUGUAAUAUGGGCUCUGAUUUACUUGCAUUGUUGUCAGAAUCAUUUAUGAAACUGAAGUUUGGUGCCUCCUUUUUUUUUUUUUUUUUUUUUUAUCAUGUUUUUUCCCCUUGUAGCAGUUGUGUUUAAUGUCAUUAAAAAGAAAUAAAAGUU